AUGGAUCCAUGGGCUUGGACCUAUGCUGGAUCUAACCUUUCUCCUCUGUUGGACCUGGACCUAUCCUGGACCUACCCUUUCUCCUCCUAUGUACCUGGACCUAUCCUGGCCUACCCUUUUUCCUCCCAUGGAACCAUGGACCGGGACCUAUCCUUGAUCUACUGUUUCUCCUCUAUUGGACAUGUUCCUGGACCUAUCCUGGAUCUACCCUCUCCCCUCCCAUGGACUUGGACCUAUCCUGGACCUACCCUUUCUCCUCCCAUAGACCUGGACCUAUCCUGGACCUACCCUUCCUCCUCCCAUGGACCUAGACCUAUCCUGGACCUACCAUCUCUCCUCCCAUGGACCAGGACCUAUACUGGACUUACCCUUUCUCCUCCGAUGGACCUGGAUCUAUCCUGGACCUACCAUCUCUCCUCUCAUGGACCUGGACCUAUUCUGGAUCUACCCUUUCUCCUCCCAUGGACCUGGGCCUAUCCUGGACGUACC